AUGGAAAGUAUGAAGAGGUUGUUUAGAAGAGUGAUUAGGCGGAUGGUAGUGAUUAGGUUGGGAUUAAUGGUUGUUUGCUUGGUGGUUGGGAGUGAAGUGGAUGAGGGGGAUUUGGAAAGACGGGCGGAAAAUUGGAGUAAUGCGUAUGAAAUGACUGAACAGAUGAAGAAAUUGGGGUUUUGUUUUACUCUACGGAAACGGAGCUUUUAUCCUAUACCUUAUAAGCCGAGUCGAAUAGUGGAAACAAGUUUUAAUCAGGCGACUUUAUUGAAUACACCGCAAUAUGAAAUGAAUUAUGUUGGGUGGUGUAUGCGAUAUACACUGCCUAAUUAUAAGACCAUGGAUCAGGCGAGUGCGGAUUUGGAAGAGCUAAGGAAGAUAUCGCUUAUUCGGGUGGAAUGUGUUUUGGUGAAUUAUGAAAUAGUUGAUUCAGUAUGUCAUAGACUGAACUUGCAGAUUCUGUCUCGGGUGAUUAACAUGUUUGAUUGUGCGACUUUGGUGGUUUAUUUGAGAUCUACACUGGUGGGAUAUUUAUCUAUAGACCGGAGUGUGCUGGAUAUGUGCUGGAUAGAAGCGGCAAAUACGGUGGCGCAUGCGAAUUAUAUGUUUGAUUGUCAACUUGAGUUUGGAGCCGCCUCGGAUUGUAAUCUUUUGAGUAUAAUUGGGUAUUAUCUUCCUUUAUUGCGGCCGAUUUCAAGUCUUCGUUUGCAAAGUCAGCAGAUACACCAUCUGUCUCUGGUUAGGGGUUUGGUUCUAAAUAAGGAUUAUACUUUCACCUUGGCGUUUCUACCGGAUGAGACUGAGAUUGAUCUCGGGGUCUUGCAAGAAUUAGUGCCGUUUUGCCAGAAGAUUAACCUACAGGGUUCGAUAGAGAGCAACACUACUUUAUUCGGGCUUGAGAAUGCGGUAGAUAGACAUCCACGUAUGAUUUUGGCGGGAAAUUGGGAAAUCUUUCUUUAUCUGGGCAGAUACAAUAAGUCGACGAUUAGAGUGCAUACACUCUGUGGCUUAGAUGUUACGUUGGAUUCGAUAUCCUAUAUGCUGAAUGCUACUGAGCACCACAAACCGGCCAUGGCUAGAAUUAUUGCUAGUAAAGCCCAUACUAUGGUGGCCACUAAUAUGCCUUGUAUUCCUUUGGAUUCUUAUGGAGAGAUGUACAAUGCUGCGACAUAUGCUAGGUAUGGAAUCUCGGUUGACGAAGUAUGUCUCAGGUAUAAACGUGGCCGGAAUGACUUGUAUGAGACUUUAUUGACGCUCUUUAGACUUGGUGCUUUGCUUUGUGUUCCUAGGGAGAUUGUGGAGAACCGGGUUGUUUGUUGGGGUGAAGAACUUAGUGCUCCUGAUUGGGGGCUUGAAGAACCGGUUAUUAUUCGGCUGCACCCAAUCAGGAACGAAUGGGUUCUAUCGGAUUAUCAGGAUAAAUACAUGUGCUUCUGCCAGAACAUUUGCUAUACGAUUAUUAAGAUUGUGGGAAUGGGCGCUACAUAUAAGGGACAGACCACAAGAUGUAUUGAGAUUCUUGAAUUGUUUCAGAACAUAACUGCGCAUGAAGUUAAUAUUUCGAAUGUUCAAAAUGACCAGCCGGGCGAUAGUACGUUUGAGCCUUUGACUCUGAAAGCAAGAAGGGCGGAGGAAUAUACUAAGCUGCAAAUGAACAUUGGGUUUUUGGUGCUAGACAAUGUUAACAUGCGUGUUAUCUACCAUAUCUUUGCGGGGUACAAUUUCACUAAGUUAGUGGAAGUGCAUAUUCUGAAUAUGCGGUUUGAUAAUCUAGCCAUUACCCAACUUCUGGCUUCGCCUGAAGGCCAGAUGAUUAAGGUCCUUCUGAUCAAUGACUUUCUUGAGCUUAAUGAAGUUGUGCACUACCAGCAGCAAGAGAAAUUCGAUGGAUUCUCCCUAUUUAGGCAUGUGCAUGAAGAACUUCGGGACCAUGAGUCAAUCCAGAACCUUGGCUUAGACAGACUAGUUAUGCAGUUGGGCAAUAUAAACUUCCGUUUGUAUAGUAAAGUCUUGACCAAGCUUACGAACUAUGGAAUUAAACUACUGGCCAUUCCCUUGGCCGAAUACAUUAUUAAUCCGCCUGAUUACCUUAGAACAGAUAUUAUGGCUGGCAAGAAAGAACUUGUUCUUUAUAGAGCUACUUUAUCUACCUUAAAGGUUGACUUUUUAACUUGCUAUUAUAUAACUCGGUCUUUAUUCAAUCCUAAUCAGUUCGACCAAGAUUUAGAGUCUUCGACCACAAGACAUUCGGUGCAAAAGCUAGUCCUGCGCUUCUGUGGCAACCAGUUUUUAAGUGAAGCCGACUUGGCAACUAUUAUUCGAUGGGUAGAUUGUCGGUUUAAGAGCGUGAUUACCUUAUGGAUAACUAAUAUUAUGGUCUCGGAAAGUACGCGGAAGACAUUAACUUCAGCUCGUUACUUGAUUACUUGGCUAAAUUCACUUGAGAGUAUUCACAUAGAAGAGGCAAGGCCCAAUAAUACAAACGGAGAUAUAGUGAUCUACCCCGACCGCACUAUCCUGCUGGCGAAUGCUCCAAACAAGGAAUCACACUUUGUCAUGUUGUCAGCAACAAUGCUGCUCCGAUUCGCCACCCAGCCAAAACAUCUUGCCGAGCUUAUCUCUACCCAAGCUAGUCCUAAUCCAACUCUUCAAAUGAUUCAAAAGUAUCUCACUAAUAAUCCCACCGAGAUCCUCUGCCCAAUUUGUCACGAGGCCCUUUAUAUCCCAAAGAAAAGACCUGCCUGGUGUCGUUUCUUAUGCACUUUAGCAUCAAAGUUCACCUCAAAUAAUAGUAUCACUAUGCUCUGCUUCUUCAAAUGCGGGCACCUAGUCUGUAGUGUAUGUAUCGGCCCUCUUCAGCCAAGUAAUAGUUGUCCCUCCUGCCGCCAAGAAAAGGUGUAUGCGAAUUACCAUAGACUUAUUCGUCUCCCGAAAUCUAAGUUUGUUUUUGUCAAAGCUAGUGCCACUAUACCCUCUAUUAAAUCCAAUAAUCUGGCGUCAAAAUCCGGUUAUGUUUACUUAUAUCUAUCUUAUGAUAGCCUAUCUGAUCUGUGCCUAAACAUUAACAUUGACACAGCCGCUAUUACCUCACGCCCGAUUCACAUCAUUUAA